CAGCGAAUGUGAAACAAAGUGCGUGAGAUAAACCCAAUUGUUAGAGGAAAGUGUGUGCGCGUUUGCCGUUUUUGUUUCGGUUUCUUUUCUGCCUGACAGUACGUCAGUACAUCUGUCAAGCGGGACCGCCGCGGGAGGCAGCAACGCGUAGUAGGCGCAGCAUUUUUGACAGACGCACAAUACUCUCCCCUUCGCCUACAGAAGGGUGGAGAGCGCGCGCGAGUAAAAGAGACGGUAGAUAUUAACGAGUGGGGGAAGAGGGGAGUGUGUGUGUGUGUGUAGAGUGUGGUAGACGUCAAAAUGGCGCACCAAAUGCUGGCUCCGUCCGUGAACUGUUCGCUGGAUGAUAUCGAUCUGAACGCACUAAAGGAUCCUGCUGGAAUCUUUGAGCUGAUCGAAGUCGUCGGAAAUGGAACGUACGGACAGGUGUACAAGGGUCGCCACACAAAGACUGGACAACUCGCUGCCAUUAAGGUGAUGGACGUCACCGAGGAGGAAGAGGAAGAGAUCAAGCUAGAGAUCAACGUAUUAAAGAAAUAUUCCAACCAUCGCAACAUUGCCACAUACUAUGGUGCAUUUAUCAAAAAGACGCCCGCCGGCAAAGACGACCAGCUGUGGCUGGUGAUGGAGUACUGCGGGGCCGGUUCCGUCACCGAUCUGGUAAAGUCGACCAAGGGCCAGAGCCUGAAGGAGGAAUGGAUAGCGUACAUCUGUCGCGAGAUUCUGCGCGGUCUGAGCUACCUGCACACGAACAAGGUGAUACACCGUGACAUUAAGGGGCAGAAUGUGCUGCUGACCGACAACGCGGAGGUCAAGCUGGUCGACUUCGGUGUCUCGGCCCAGCUGGACAAAACCAUCGGCCGGCGGAACACUUUCAUUGGUACUCCUUACUGGAUGGCACCGGAAGUCAUAGCUUGUGAUGAAAACCGGGACGCAACGUACGACAACCGGUCCGAUCUCUGGUCACUAGGUAUUACCGCGCUCGAGAUGGCAGAAUCACAGCCACCGCUGUGCGAUCUUCAUCCGAUGCGUGCGCUCUUUCUAAUUCCGCGCAAUCCACCACCGCGCAUGAAGUCGAAGAAGUGGUCGAAAAAAUUCCACAGCUUCAUCGACACGGUGCUGGUGAAAGAUUACCAUCAACGGCCUUACACGGAGCAGUUACUGAAGCACCCUUUCAUCAAAGAGCAACCAACAGAAAGACAAGUUAGAAUACAGCUUAAAGAUCAUAUCGAUAGGUGUAAGAAGCGUAAGCAGGAGAAGGAACGCGACGACUAUCGUUAUUCCGGAUCGGAAAAUGACGACGACGACGGACAAACGGCUGGCGAACCAUCUUCGAUCAUUCAGGCACCGGGCAACGAUACGCUGCGACGUACGUUCCAUCAGAUACAGGAGGGUCGAAUGCAGAACCCUGAACAGCAGCAGCCACCGAACCGAAAUCAGAAACCACAACCUCGAGAUGAACGAAGUAAACCGCAACCGGUAGAGGAACCGGGUCCACCAUCCAGACCACAGCUACCGCAGCGUCUGAUAGUGGUACCGGAUCCGCCGGCGAACAGCAAUGCAAACCGACCACUGCCACCGACACCGCGCAGUGGCAGCGGUUCGUCCUCCCAGCCACAACAGCCAUCGUCACAGACGCCGCAACAACCGGCACGCAAUCAGCAAAACUUCUUCAAACCGGUGCUGCCACCGAGACGACCUGAGGAAUUGGACAUGUUGGCCGCACAAUUAAACGAACUGGGCGUCUCCUCCCCCCCGCAGCAGUCGCAGCAAGCGCAACCGGAGGCGCCACCACGGAACAAUCGCCCCCAGCCCGGACCGCCCGUGCCUGGUCAGCAAGCGUCACAGCAGCAACAGGUCAGUGCAGGUGGGGUUGGUGCUAGCGGUGUCGGCAAGGCACCCGCCAUCGCGCCGAACGGCAACAAUAACAGCAGCAAUGGUGGUGGCGGUGGCAGCAGCGGCAACAUCAAUAACAAUAACCAUCAUCCGCAACCGAUCAAUCCGCUCGAUCCGAUCGAAAGCUCCGACUCGGACUCGGAACCGGAGGAACCGAACGGCCGAACACGAAACGACGGCACGCUUCUGGCCAGCGAUCCACCGAUGCCACUGACGGGUGGCCUGGGAGUGCUCGCCGAAACCGACCAGAACAAUCAGUCGUCGUCGAGUACGCCAGCGGGCGGUGGCAGUGGAGCCGGUGUCCUGUCGCCUCCGGGUGGCGGCGGCGGCGGCGGUGGUGGACCUCCGAACCGACCGCUACCACCAACGCCGGACGACGAUGAUGCACAGGGCGACGGGACACUCAUCAAGCGGAACUUCGACAAUAAGUCAUCCUCAUCGAUUGGGACGACCACCACCUCAUCUUCCGCGUCGACCGGUUCAACGACCCACUCCGAAAGCGAUGAAGCCGUGCUGUUGCGUGAUUGGGAUUUCGAAAGAUUCUUCCCAUCGAACGAGCGCCCGAAACCGGCCCAGCGUCACUCGAUGUCGGACAAAACGUCUUCGUCCUCCUCCAACUCGCCGGCCGAUUCGAACGGGCGCCUGCGCACGAACGCGAUCGACAACAAAACCCGCAAGGAGCUUGCCAACUCGACCGCUUCCUGCGCGAUGAAGCAACCAUACCAGCAGCAACCGCUGAAUCUGGCGUACGCCGAGAAGCGCAAGGUGGAGGAGAUGAACAACAAGAUCCGGCUGGAGGAACACGUUAAGCAUGAAAUCUUUGCCCGCCAACGGUUACAGCUGGAUAAGGCUUCUUCGCCUUCGCGAGCCCUGGGUGGGCAACAAUCGUCCCAGCAGCAGCAGCAGCAGCAGCAAGCUCACAAACGCCAGGAAUCGGAUUCGUCGCGACUGCCGCUAAACUUUGCCCGUGCAUUCCGGCGCGAAAAUUCGGACUUUUUCCCACUGUCCAAGCGUCACUCGGCGAUACUGGGCGAAGCGUCUGCGGAUGCUAAGUCAAUGUCGCCGGGAGGUGGUGGCAGCGGAGGAGCCAGCCAGGGUUUGCAACAGCAGCAGCAGCAACGCUCCAGUGCCAUCUUUUCGCGCAGCAGUCGCCACAAGUUCGAGCCAAUCUUGACCAACUUUUCGCUCAACAAUCCGUCCGGCAGUGAUGACGAGCGGCGCACAUCGUCCCGUCUAACUCCACCGCGCUCCGGUCUGCAGAGUGCUGGCGGUGGAACGGCAAGCGAGGGUGGUAGCGGCAGCGGUGUUGGUGGUGGGAAUCCUAGCGGCCGACAGCAGAGUCCGCUGGCAGGGUCGCAGGUGACCACACGCAACAUGGACUUCUUGCGUCCGCGGCGCGAAAAAACCGAAUCUGUAAUCUUCGUACGUAAUUCGCCGAACCGGCCGCAGCAACUGUUGCUGCUUGACGGUCAACAGAAGAAUCGCUCUGGGGAGAACAGCAGCCUCGGUACGCCCGGGCAGCGAACGAGCAGCGUCCUGCCGGAUCUACUUAGUCAAGCAUCACCGGCAACACCUCCGAGACAUGACAAAUCCGCCAGCGAGGAGUAUCGGGCGGCGGUUAAUUCCUCCGUACAGUCGAACCUCGUCCCUGGUAGCAUGCAUUCCAAAUCCUUCCUUCCAGCUCCAAACAGUACGAACGGCGCAACCAACACCACCACCAACAACCUGAGCGCCGCUGGCCCGGUCAGUGGCACACCGGGCAGUAAAGGGAACGCUUCGCCCCAUUCGACCGUGUCGAACUCGUCGUCCUCCCGCAACAACAGUCCCAAUCAUUCGAUUAACACUAGACUCCUAAGCAGUAGUAGUAAUAGUAGUAGUAGCGUCGUCGUCGUCAAUCAUAAACUGCUCAAUAACAAUCAUUUACUACCUCCUCCCUACCAUCAACAAUAUCACCACCAACAACAACAACAACAACAACAUCCUUUGCAACAUUACCAUCUGCCAAUGGGAACAAUGCCGGUGCAUCUGCUUCCCGGUGCUAAUGGGAACGCCAACAACCACCACCAACAAUCAUCACCGGGUUCGGCACAACAAACGCAACAACAACCGCUACCGGUGUCGCCAUUUUCGCUGGCCCUGCAACAGAAGCAGCGCAGCUUUCUCACGUUUGGCUUCGGCGCACAGUCAGGCGGGCCGGCCGCAUCGCGCCGCGAAAGCCAUGUGAACGUGAACGUAACACCGACGUCACAUGAUGCGGCAAGCGAUACGCCCGAAAUUCGGAAGUACAAGAAGCGCUUCAAUUCGGAGAUCCUUUGUGCGGCACUGUGGGGCGUGAACCUGCUGAUCGGUACGGAGAAUGGGUUGAUGUUGCUGGAUCGAUCCGGACAGGGCAAGGUCUACCAGCUGAUAUCUCGUAGACGGUUCCAGCAGAUGGAGGUGCUCGAGGGACAAAACAUUCUGGUGACCAUCUCGGGCAAGAAGAAUCGUGUCCGCGUGUAUUACCUGUCCUGGCUCAAGUCGAAGAUCUUGCGCACGGAUGGACUGACGGAUCAACAAGUGGAACGUCGCAACGGCUGGAUCAAUGUCGGUGAUCUGCAGGGUGCAGUGCACUUUAAGAUCGUCAAGUACGAGCGAAUUAAAUUCCUUGUGAUCGCUCUGAAAGACUCGAUCGAAAUCUAUGCCUGGGCCCCGAAGCCCUACCAUAAGUUUAUGGCAUUUAAGAGCUUCGGUGAACUGAUGCAUCGGCCCCUUUUGGUCGAUCUGACGGUCGAGGAACAGACGCGGCUAAAGGUCAUCUACGGGUCGGCGGAAGGUUUCCAUGCGGUCGAUCUCGAUUCGGCAACCGUUUACGAUAUCUAUCUUCCUAAGCAUACUCAGGGUCCAAUUUCGCCACAUUGUAUCGUAACACUGCCGAACUCGAACGGUAUGCAGCUGUUGCUGUGCUACGACAACGAGGGUGUCUACGUCAACACGAUGGGCCGCGUAUCGAAGAACAUCGUGCUGCAGUGGGGCGAAAUGCCAACCUCCGUUGCGUACAUCGGUACCGGUCAAAUAAUGGGCUGGGGCAACAAAGCAAUCGAGAUUCGCUCAGUAGAAACCGGCCACCUGGACGGUGUGUUUAUGCACAAAAAAGCGCAACGUCUCAAGUUCCUUUGCGAGCGGAACGACAAGGUUUUCUUCAGCAGUGCCAAAGGCGGCUCGUCCUGUCAGAUCUACUUUAUGACGCUGAACAAACCGGGCAUGGCCAAUUGGUAAACUCCAUACACACACACACAUACAUAUACACCGCGUGGCCCCCCUCAUUUCCCGGUGUGAGAGUACAGGAAAACAGGACGAGUGACAGCCGAAAUCGAUAAAAUGUUGCGUGUUGUGUGUUUAGCAGCGAAACGACGAGAUAUAGAACAAAGCAAAAACACAUUCUUUUUACAAUCCCCCCCCUUGAAUGCAACAAGUGUUGUGUCCCCCAAAGCAUCUCGCAUACACACAACAACAAACAAACAAUGGAAUAGAAGCAAGACACGAGUAUCGAAGCAAAACACGCUAGCAGCAACAAAACCGUAAUAAUCAAGUACAGUGAGCCAGGAAAACCUUUUUACUCUAGAAAUAGUAGCAAACACAUUAUGUAAACUAAUUAUUAAAAGCCGUACGAAGGCCAACAAACAAGCCGAACAAACAAAUCAGAAAAACAGAAGCAUAAGUGCAGAAGCGAAUAAUAGACGACGCGAGAAACAGCAGAUAGCAGAGGUAGAAUACUGAAUAGAUAACCAAGUUAGGUAACAUUAUUAGCGGAAUGUCACACCGAUAUGUGGGGCACACUCGCACACCCUGUUUUGCACCGCAUUUUGUGCAAAUUAGGGGUGAGAUUAUGAGCGUCACCUAAUCAAGAUCGUUGUUGUCUCCAUCUGCUUAGCGCAGUAGUAGCAGCAACAGCAAAUCUUAUGAACGCAUUUCCCAGUAUUACAGUAAUCCGCAAACCCGUUCGCUCCCGAAUCUCUCCCCUCCCGAUUCCCAUCUCCGUUAGAUUGCUGUUGGCUGUGUGUGGGCCUCCAUUGGUGCACGAUUGUGACAACAAAACACCCCCGCUAUACGAUGCAUGUAAUUCCUACAUCUGGGUUGUGCCACGUGUCAGUGUGUGUAUCGAUUUUGGGCAUUUUCCCCCCGGUCAUCUGUAUUAUUCAGGUUAGCAUUUUUAGCAACGGGUAAUCAACCAUUACCUGGCGACCGAGUGUAGUGGUAUAUCGAAAUAGGCAGGAUACACAACAAAGCACGCGGCACGCGAGGGUUGGUAGGCAAAUUUGAAACAGGUGUGGGACAGACGACGUAUCAGGUAUCAUGGAAAGGCGAAGAAAAGGUUCUAGUAGUGGAUUUUUCCGUUUGUUUAUUUUUUUUUUCUUUCGCAAUUACUAGCGUGAUAUCGGUCGAGUGUGUAGAUGAUACUAUCCCUUGUUUUCAGAAUCGUGCACAACCAACCAAGGGUGUGUGUGUAAACGGAAUGGUGCGCAAAAAUGAAGGCAUGUUUGAUUUGGUAUAGCAAAUCUUUCAAGCGUUUCAAGAUCCUCUUUUCCAUUUUUACCCACAUUUGUAGUGACCGAUAGCAAAGUUACAAUCAAAUUUUAAUUACAAAAUUCGUACAGAGUGGUCCGUAACCGUGUGAUUUUCCCACUCACUCCCAGCACUAUCCUUAUCGUGCAACAAUCAUUCACGCCAUAGCAUUUUGUGUUUGUGUGUGUGUUUUUUGUUUUGUUUUGUAUCUAAAUGAAUGGUUUCAUUUUCAUCAUCAUGGUAUGGCAGAUACAAUUUUGCGGUAACCCCAUAAUUGAGAUUAGUGCAAACUAGUGACGUACAUUAAUGAAAGCCGAGAGAGGAUAGAUAUAACGGACAGUUGUUUAGGCACGUGUGUAUGUGUGUAUGCGCAAGGGUUCUAUUUUUUUCUUUUCAUUUUUUCACACUUGUUUCACUAAUUAUUUGUGAUUUUUUUUUCAUAUAUAUUUUCCUUCACAUUGAACAUUCGUUCAUCCGUUAUGUCUCGUACUUUGAAGUCUGCAAACGAGAUAGUGCGCAACACAGGAAAAUUUGUUAGUUAAGAAAAUUGCGUGAUAGCUUGAUCGCGAACAGCGCGCCAACGAACGGUGGCGUUUGUAUAGAGGAACUAUAACCCCCAUACAAACACAAGCCACUUGCCAUCUGUUCGUGACCAAACAAAGAGCAAAAAGGGAAGCAAAGUAAAGGUCGUUCGGACUAUGGUCACAAUCUAACACCGGAACUAGUUAUACAGCGUUGGAAAGCGAAAUGUAUACCACGCUCCAUAAGGUUCGCAGAGGAGAGCGAGAGAGAGAGAGAGAGAGAGAGAGGAAUAGUUUAUUUUUGUUUUCAAUUUUAGGGCUUUUUGUUUUUUGCUUCUCAUCUUUAUGUUUUCUUUUUUCGUUUGUUUAAGUAUACAUAUGCUUAUUAUAUAUAUAUAUAUAUAUACAUAUAUAAAGAUAUCCAGAAGAUAGUA